UUUUAAAUGUUGAAGAAUUUCCAAGUAUUUUUUGACUAUUACCUUUACGAAGUAACGUUAAUACGAAAAAAAAAAGAUUUGAAUUAUAAAUAUAUAUAUAUUUUUGAAAAAAAUUAUGUUUACAUCCGAGAAAUUUGAAGACCUUAACUCUAUAAAUGAAUGCUAUACUGAAUGCGAUACCCUAAAUGUUCCCACCAGCAAUUAUACAGAUAUACUUAUGAUGCAUUACGAAACAAUGAAAUCUAACGUUCUUGAGGUUGCAGAAGAAUUAAGAAUGAGAAGGAUUUUGGACAAAGAAAAUGAAGAAAGAAUUAAUACAUUAAUCCAAGAAAACUUUGAAAUUAAAAGAAGUAAGGACGAGGAAAUAACUGAACUUUUGAAAUCUAAUAAUGGAUUAAAGCAAGAACUUCAAAACGUUUAUCAAGAAUUUGAAAAAAAAGCAAAAGUACAUGAAGAAGAAAUGGCAGCUCAAAGUAUUUCAAUAUCAUCAAGCUCAAAAGGAAUAAAUGUUUUAAAAGAUGAAAUUCUUACUUUGCAGUUAGCUAAAUAUGGUUUAGAAAAAAAAGUUAAAGACCAGGAGCAUGAAUUAAAUACAGAAAGAAGAAGCAAAAUAGAGUUAGGUAAUAAGAUAAAAGAGAUUCGAACUCUUGAUGAAGAUAUAAAAGUUCAAUUCUCAAGUGUAAAAAAGAGAUUAGAUUAUCUUGCUGAUUUAGUUGAAAAAACGGAAAUAAUGUUUCAUCGUUUGGAUGAAGUUAAUCAGCAUAACAAGUGUUUAAUUGAAAACUACCAUUCAUCAACUCAUGCCGUUCAGUUUGGACUAAAUGCUUCCAUUCCAAAACUUGAACUUUUUAAAACAAUUUUAGAAAAAGGAGUUGAAUCAGUAGAUAUGGUUAAAAAGGAAUGCUUUGCAAAACAACAACUGGAAAAUGAAGUUCUUUAUACUCAACUUGAAAAAGAGUUAAACUCUGCCAGAGAAGAUAAAACUUUUUUGAUAAACUCGUUAAGUGAAUCAAAUCGUUUGCUUGCAGUUGCUGAAGAGCGAUUAGCUGAUAUCAGUUUAUGGAAAGUUACCUUUCAAACUCAGUUUGAUGAACUGCACAAGGAGAAUCUGAAUUUGAAUAUGAUGAUAAAAUUGAAUGAGGUCCAAAUGGAUGACCUAAGAACAGUUACAAGUUCAAAUGAGACAGAGAUAAAUAACUUGAAAUCAAUUAUAAAUUCUAAAGAGGAACACAUAAAUGGUCUUAAAUUGAGUUUGAGUUCAAAAGAGGAUUAUGUGAAUGAUUUAAUGAGGCAAACAGUUGAUUUGAAUCAGAAAUUAGAGAUGUAUGCUAAGGAGAUUCAAUUAGAGAUGCAAUUCAAAGAUUCUGCAGUUAAUCAUAUAGAACUGGCUUCUGUUCAAAGAAUUUCUCAGGUGGUACAAAAUCACUUUGAACAACUAACAAAUAGUCACAUUACUAAAGAUAAUCACGUAGAGCAACAAACAAAUAAUCAGAUUGCUAAGGAUAAUCACUCAGAGCAACUAACAAAUAAUCAUAUUGCUAAAGAUAAUCACUCAGAGCAACUAACAAAUAAUCAGAUUGCUAAAGAUAAUCACUCAGAGUAAUUAACAAAUAGUCAGAUUGCUAAAGAUAAUCCUAAAAAUCUUCAAAUAGAAAUAAAAAAAGAAGUUGAAAUAAAUUUUCAACUAGAGUUAAACAGAGGGGUAAUCGAGGAAAUUUAAAAUAAAAAUAAAUAAAAAGUUAUCUGUUUAGAAUAUAGUUCAAAGUAAA